AUGUCAAUCCCUCCAAACUCACCAUGGAGAGGGGCUGCAGCAGCCUAUGCACAGCCUUUGAAUCAAGAUGAGAUUUUAGGAGUCCAAGCUUUGGUGGAACAAGUUUACCACGUAAAUUGUCGCCUUCCAGGAAAUCCACCUCUUCCUGAUAUCAUCUACAGAAGCAGUGAAGAUGACGAAAAUACAAGGAGGUAUGUGUUCCGUUGGGACUUGACUCCCUAUCAACAAGUCUUUGUUCAUGGACUUGAAGCAAGACGUGAAGAAAACACUCCCGAGACCACUUACUUCAAUUUGUGUCACUAUGUCCAUAAUGCUGGUAGGCCUCUUGACUCAACUAGGCCAACACACAUGCUUUCAUUAGCACCACACCUAGUAGUGCAUGGCAUCCAGAUCCCGAUCUCCAACCUGGAC